ACCUGUAUAAAUUGAAUGAGAAAGAAACGAUAUUUCUAAAUCAUACCAAAAAUCAUCUUUUGCAAGCAGAUCUGCAAUUAACAAACACAAAACCAUGUCUUUGUCACUCUAUAUCUAACCAGUUUCUUGUUAGACAUCUCUCAUGUACCUACCAUUAAUAUCUGUAAAGCAGUUUUUGUCUUGGAGUCAGAAAUCAGAAUUGGACGCUUACUCCCUCUCACUUGUUUCUUGGUUUCAUCUUUUAUCUUUCCUCUUUUUAGCUGCUUCUCUCUUUUGAUGAUGUGAAAGUUGUGGUAUUAUUUCUAAAAGAAAACGCAAAUUCUUGAUUUUUGAUUUCUGAAGCUUGGUGAUGUCUUCUUCCAACAAUGAUUACAAUAAUGGCAACAGUGGAGUGUACCCUCUCUCUCUUUACCUUUCUUCGCUCCCGGGCCAUCAAGGCAUCAUCCGUAAUCCCUACAAUCAUCAGUCAACAGCAUCUCUGGGUCAAAUGGUAUCAGCCGUUCCUGAGUCUCUGAUCGAUUACAUGUCGUUUAACUCAAACAGUGCUGUGAAUCAGAAAGGUUAUGAGAUUCCUGAGGUGUCGAGAGAAAUCAAGAAGGCGGUGAAGAAAGAUAGACACAGCAAGAUUGACACGGCACAAGGUCUUAGAGACAGGAGGGUAAGGCUUUCUAUUGGAGUUGCUCGCCAAUUCUUCGAUCUCCAGGAUAUGUUGGGGUUUGAUAAAGCCAGUGAAACAUUGGACUGGCUUCUCAAGAAAUCAAGAAGAGGUAUCAAUGAGCUUGUCCAAGAAAAAAAACUCAACAACAAGGAUGAAGAUUUUAGAAACAAUAGGGGUGAUGUAGAAGAGGAUGAAGAUGAUGGCGAUAAGAGCUUUGUGUAUGGUUCGAGUCCAGAUUCCUGCGAAGAAGUGGUAUAUGAGGUCAAGAAGACUGAGAAGAGCAACAUAUCUUCAAAGGGAUUAAUGGACAAAGCUAGAGGAAAGUCAAAGCAGAUAACAAGAGAGAUGACCUAUGAUCAUCCAGAAGCCGUCUCCGAGAUCACACAAACUGAAAUCAUGGACCCAUUCAAGAUGUCUAUAAUCUUCAAUGAAGGGGAUGACAUGACACACUCUUUCUACAAGGAAGCAAUCCAAGAGUUUGAUAAUCAAGAAUGUAUCUUAACCAAGACAAAUGUCAAUCUUCCCACGGAUAUGGAUCGAAGUUACAAUCAGCAUUAUGGGACGUGUAUGUCAAAAAAUCAGGGUUCUAGCAGCAACUACAAUACCAUCCUGCCUCAAAACUUGGAUUAUGGUUAUGAUCAAAACCCUUUUAUGGAUCAACCCUUUUGUGCAGUCACCAACAGGAAUUUCCCCAGGGGUAAAGUUUGGGUUCAAGACUCUUCUCUGGCGUAGUUUAUGAUUCUUAUGUCUUUGCAUUCCAUGAUAUGUAUCUUUUCUCUUCUCUUAUCUGGCAGGGUUUCCUUAAAGGUUGAUAUUCUCCCGGCAGU